AUGAAGCAGAGAGUUAGUUCUUUGGACUUACAAUUGAUUUAUGGGGAACUAAAGCCCAAAUUAGAGGGCUUCAGGUUGUCUAAUAUUUACAACAUUGCUGAUUCAAGUCGCCAAUUUCUGCUCAAAUUCAAUAAACCAGACUCGAAACUCAAUGUGGUCAUAGAUUGUGGCCUUCGCAUACACUUGACCGAGUUCAAUAGGCCGGUUCCUCCCACGCCAUCGGGUUUCGUGGUCAAAUUGCGCAAACAUUUGAAAUCUAAACGGUUGACUACAGUCAAAAGAGUCGCUAAUGACAGAAUUCUUGUACUUUCGUUUGGUGACGGCCAAUUUUUUCUGGUUUUGGAGUUCUUCAGUGCUGGGAACGUCAUAUUGCUGGACUCUGACCGCAAGAUAAUCGCACUUCAGAGGAUCGUUCACGAGCACGAAAAUAAAGUAGGUCAAACGUACGAUAUGUUUGACGAAACGUUUUUGCAGGACACUGCAAUUGAACUACCGCCUUCGCAGUCCUACAGUUCGGAUCUUGUGACGAAGUGGUUUCAAGAUGCUAAAGAUCUGGCCCAAUCAACAGUCCAGUCUGGCAAGACUGGCAAGGCGUCAAAAUUGCCAUCGAUCCAUAAACUGCUAUUUCUUCACGAGCCUCAUUUGUCCUCUGACCUCAUCUCCCGUAACCUCAAGACUCAGGGUAUUGCUCCGAAUGCCUCAUGUCUAGAUUUUGAAGACCGUGCCGAAUUGAUAGCUAAUCUUCUCACCGCCACGGAAAAUGAAGUUGCCAGUCUUAUGAAGUCAGGUUGUAAGGCCGGGUUCAUCGUUUCCAAGAGAAAUCCGCUUUACGACGCAGAGAAAGGCGACUCAAGCAUCGAAUUCGUGUACGAGCAGUUCCAUCCUUUUGCUCCAUUCUCGAACGAUGAUGAAAAGAGGGAAGUGAAAGUGAUUGAAAUUGCUGGGGAUUACAAUGAGACCGUGGAUGAGUUUUACUCUACAAUCGAGUCUUCUAAGUAUGCUUUGCGAAUUCAGAAUCAAGAACACCAUGCAAAGAAGAGGUUACACGAUGCAAAAUUGGAUAACGACAGAAGGAUUCAAGCUCUUGUGGAUGUUCAAACCCGAAAUGAGACUAGAGGUCAUACUAUCAUAUUCAAUGCAGACCUUGUCGAAGAGGCCCAAAAUGCCGUCAAAUCGUUGGUUGAACAACAAAUGGACUGGAAAACUAUUGAGAUGUUGAUAUUAAACGAGCAGAAAAAAGGAAAUGAGAUUGCAAAAUUGAUAAAGUUACCACUAGAUCUCCAGAAUAACAAGAUAGGACUUGAGCUCCUCAUCGAACAAGAGACAAAUGACGACACGUCGUCUAGUGACAGCGACACUUCUUCCGACUCAGAAGAUUCAAGUGACUCAGAAAGCAGCGACUCUCUGUCCGACUUCGAAGCAGACGAAGACGACGACAAAGUGACUCUGACAAAUAAAGGAGGAAAUUCUUCUGCUUCUCGAGGUCGUAAGCCCAAGCCAACAAUCGAUGUCGUGGUUGAUCUCUCACUCUCUGCCUACGCAAAUGCGUCUAACUACUUCGAUAUCAAAAAAUCGACUAUGGAAAAGCAGAAGAAAGUCGAACAGAACGCUAACAAAGCCUUGAAAAACAUCGAGCUUCGGAUUGAACGAGACCUGAAGAAAAAGUUGAAAGAAACUCACGAUGUCUUAAACAGGACGAGAACCCCGUAUUUUUUCGAAAAAUACAACUGGUUUAUUUCUAGCGAGGGCUUUUUGGUUUUGAUGGGAAAGAGCGGUCAGGAGACGGACCAGAUUUUUAGCAGAUACAUUCAAGACAACGAUGUUCUCGUCUCCAAUAGUUUUGACAUCCAUGUAUGGAUCAAAAAUCCCAAUGAAACCGAGAUUCCUCCAAACACUCUGAUGCAAGCAGGCAUUAUGUGCAUGUCAGCUUCUCCCGCUUGGUCUAAGAAAAUCCAGUCAUCAGCUUGGUGGUGUUUUGCUAGAAACGUAAGCAAGUUCGAUAGCUUUGGCGGUGACGUCUUACCGCCGGGCUCAUUCCAACUGAAGAAUGAUAAGAUGAAAUCUUUUCUACCACCCUCACCACUGGUAAUGGGUUUUGCUUUCUUGUGGAAAACAGCAGCUGUUGAUGCGGAGGAAGGACAAUUGAGAGAGUUGGAAGAGAAGGCCCUUGGAGAAGAUGAGGAGGCUCUCGGGGAAGAUGAGGAGCUUUCGGACGGCCCAGCUGCAUCAGAGCAUCGAGCAGACGAAGUUGAGAACACUGCUGAAAAAGAAAGUAAUAUUCAACCUUCACGGGCCGAACUGGAAGAGGUUCCCUCAAACGAUCCAAACGAUGAGAGCCCAGACGACGAUAGCGAAUCACAAAUUCGACCUUCGGCCCCCGAAGAGGCAGUAAUGGGCACGAGCGCCCAGAACAAGAAAGUCAGAGGUAAGAAAGGAAAGUUAAAGAAGAUGCAAAGGAAGUACGCUGAUCAAGAUGAGGAGGAGCGGAGACUACGACUUGAAGUUCUUGGCACGCUCAAAGGUGUCGAGAAACAAAGAAGCAAAGAAGAAGAAGAGAAGAUGAAGCAGCAGGAAAGAGAACAGAAGAAACUCAGACGCGAAAGACAGAAAAAGCAGCAGUCGCUCAAGUUUGAUCCAAAGGAGAAAGUAAAAGUUGAUUAUCACAAACUGUUGAGCGAGCUGAGCCCCGCUCCGGUGGAUGAAAAUGUAAAAGACAUUGUUCCAGUUUUUGCUCCCUGGACUUCGUUAAACAAAUACAAGUACAAAGUGAAAAUCCAACCUGGUAACGCUAAAAAAACCAAGACUUUGCAUGAGAUCUUGUAUCAUUUUUUGAGCAGAAAACUUGACGAAACAAGUACUGAUAAAGAGCUAGACUGGCCCUGCGAGCAUGAACAAAUAAAGGCGUUAAAAGACGUGGAACUUGUAUCUCUCAUCUACACUGACAAACUUAAAGCCACCAUUCCUGGUCAAAACGAUUCAAAAGGCAAAUCGAAAGGCGACGGGAAAGGCAAGGGCAAGAAAAAGGGCUCGAAAUGA